AUGUCUAGAUAUCCCAAGCUUCUUAGACUGGUGGUCUUAUUGACCCUUUUAAUUCUGGGGUUGGUUUACAUCAGCACAUAUCACCGUGAAUAUGUCAACAGCAUUAGUGAUAAAUCCAUGAACACAAUCUCAGACAUUUACAAACAAAACUUUGGUGAAACUACAACUGAAUCUGAGGAACAACAACCUGAAGUCCUUGAGGAGAAGCCAGAAAACGCUUCUAACGACGAAAAGAAGGCAGAGGAAGCUCCAAAGGAGCAGGAACAACAAUCAAACGAAAACGAAAACGAAAACAAAAACCAGGAGCAAGAGCAAGAGCAGCCCAGCAAUCAAGAAGAGCCCAAGAAGGAGGUAGAUAACGCUGUGACAUCUAAUCCCCAGUUCAAGAUCACCGACAAUGGAGAUAUUGACAAGCCCAAUAAUGGUAUCCCUCCUAAGCUAACUACAUUCCCUGGUGCCGAAUAUGUCCGCGAAAAUGCCACAUUUGUUACCCUUGCCCGCAAUAGUGAUUUAUGGGAACUUGUCGAAUCUAUUAAUCAUGUUGAGGACAGAUUUAACCGCAAGUUUAAAUACGACUGGGUCUUUUUGAACGAUAAACCUUUUGACGAGAAUUUUAUUAAGGUCACCACUAACCUUGUUUCUGGUAAGACCCAUUACGGUCUUAUUCCUCCCGAGCACUGGAGUUUCCCUGACUGGAUUGACAAGGAUAGAGCUGCUCUUGUUCGCGAGGAAAUGCGUGCUAAGAAGAUCAUCUACGGUGAUUCAGUUCCUUACCGUCACAUGUGCCGCUUUGAGUCUGGCUUCUUCUGGAGACAGCCUGUUAUGAAUCAGUUCAAGUAUUACUGGCGUGUUGAGCCCGGUAUUAAGCUUUACUGUGAUAUUGACUAUGAUGUUUUCAAGUACAUGGCAGAGAACAAACUUAAGUAUGGUUUCACUAUUUCUUUGUACGAAUAUCGUGAAACUAUUGCCACUCUGUGGGAUAAUGUCAAGAAGUUUUUGACCGAGGGUGGUGAAAAGUACCUGGCCAAGAAUAAUCUCAUGAACUAUGUUUCAGACAACAAUGGUGACGAUUAUAACCUUUGCCACUUCUGGUCCAACUUCGAGAUUGGCGACUUAGACUUUUGGCGUGGUGAAGCUUACCGUUCUUUUUUCAAGUUCCUUGAUCAGGCCGGUGGCUUUUUCUACGAGCGUUGGGGUGAUGCUCCUGUCCACUCUAUUGCUGCUUCUUUGUUCCUUAACAAGAACGAAAUCCACCACUUUGAAGAUAUUGGUUAUUACCAUGCUCCAUUCCACCACUGCCCUACCACUGAGGAAAUGCGAACCGACCGCCGGUGUGUUUGCAACCCUGAUGAGAAUUUUGCUUGGAAGGGAUACUCUUGCACUCCUAAAUUCUACAACGCCUACGGCUUAACUAGACCCAAGGGUUGGUCUGAGCAAUCGGAGUAA